GCGUCCACCCGCGCACUCCUUCAUGGUCAGAUCAUGGAGCAGUGGGCAGUUGCGUGUUUGUGAGCAGCGUUUCAGCUCGGAAGUUCAUUUCUCAGCAUCACUCGCACACAAACCGUCGCGCGUUGAAUGUUUAGUUUUGAUUUUGCCGGCGACAGGUAGAAUCCCCCCUGGUCCUUCGGUGCUUGCAGACGUUCAUGACUGGUGCGUGCUGUGCGGGAUUGACUGGGAGGUACAAGUUGGAGGACACUGUGAGGAGUUUUGCAAGACGCGCCAAUGAGAAGAGCAUUUCAGAACCAAGGACAGAUGCAAACAGCUGCCUGCCAAACAUGCCCAAAGUCAGCAGCAACCUCUGGAUUCUGAUCUUCUCCUCCGUAGUAUCUGUGUAGUCUGCCGACGCGCGAGGAGGACCUGCAAAGACGAGGAACUGCAACAAAAAACGGAACAUCAGAGAUGCUGUUCAGACUGAGAGAGAACCUAAAAGUAAACUCCCUCCAGACUGAGUGAAGCUCCAUCUGCCUCUUCAUUAGCAAACUGAACUCUGUCCUGCCACCUGAUCUUACCAUGCUGGACCCAGCGCUCUGCUGGAUCCCCUCUGCCCACUACUGGCCUCUCCACUUCUUCAUGUUGGACUUGCUGAUACCAGGAGUUCUACCCAGUAUGUCAAGAUUGCCGCCUGCAGCCAAGCGCGAAAUCAUCAUGGACGGGGACUUGGUGAUUGGAGGCCUGUUUCCUGUGCAUGAAAAAGGUGAUGGGAUGGAGGACUGCGGGAAGAUCAACGAGGAGAGAGGGAUCCAGAGGCUGGAAGCUAUGCUGCUGGCACUGGAUGAGAUCAACUCCAGCGACCGCAUCCUUCCCGGACUCCAGCUGGGCGCCCACAUACUAGACACCUGCUCCAAGGACACCUACGCUCUGGAGCAGUCUCUAGAUUUUGUCAGGGCGUCCCUCACCAAGGUCCAUGAUCCUGGCUUCAUCUGCCCAGACGGCUCCAGACCUGUCCAAAAAGAGGUCCCACUGGCCAUCUCUGGGGUCAUAGGAGGAUCCUACAGUGAUGUCUCAAUUCAGGUGGCCAACCUCCUGCGUUUGUUCCAAAUACCCCAGAUCAGCUAUGCCUCCACCAGUGCAAAGCUCAGUGAUAAGACCCGCUAUGACUACUUUGCUCGCACUGUCCCCCCUGACUUCUAUCAGGCCAAAGCCAUGGCUGAAAUACUGCGUUACUUCAACUGGACCUAUGUGUCAACAGUAGCAUCAGAGGGGGACUAUGGGGAGACCGGCAUCGACGCCUUCCAGCAGGAGGCUCGCACUCGCCAGAUCUGCAUUGCUACUUCAGCUAAAGUGAGCCGCUCCAUGAACCGGCAGGGUUAUGAGAAUGUGAUCCGCUCCCUCCAGCAGAAGUCUAAUGCCAAAGUGGUCAUCCUGUUCACCCGCAGUGAGGAUGCGCGUGAGCUGCUGGUGGCUGCUGCUCGAAUGAAUGCCAGCUUCACCUGGGUGGCCAGUGAUGGAUGGGGCGCACAGGAGAGUGUUGUGAGGGGCAGCGAGACAGGAGCAGAUGGGGCUUUCACCAUUGAGCUGGCAUCCUACCCAAUCAGAGAGUUUGAGGACUACUUUACCAAACUGAACCCAUACACCAACACGAGGAACCCAUGGUUCAGGGAGUUCUGGGAGCACAAGUUUGGCUGCAGGCUUGAAGAGCAUGGCUGCAGUGAUCGCAGCUUAAGAGAUGGAACUUUUGAGCAGGAGUCAAAGAUCAUGUUUGUUGUGAAUGCGGUCUAUGCUAUGGCCUUUGCUCUCCACAACAUGAGGCAGGCUGUGUGCUCCAACACAUCCAAGGUGUGUGAUGCCAUGAAACCAGGAAAUGGAAGAAGAUUUUAUAAAGAGUUCAUCCUGAAGACCAAGUUUGAAGCUCCGUUUCGGCCUGCUGACACAGACAGCAUGGUGCGCUUUGACUCUUUCGGUGAUGGCAUCAGCCGCUACAACAUCUUUCACUACCACAAAGAAGACGGAAAGUUCACAUACAGGAAAGUUGGCUACUGGGACCAGAUCCUGACCCUCAACACCAGCCUGAUACCCUGGCGGGGGCUUGUUCCCCCAACCUCGCAGUGCAGCGAUCCCUGCAGGAAGAAUGAGGUGAAGAGCAUGCAGCCUGGAGAUGUGUGCUGCUGGAUCUGCAUCCCCUGCCAGCCCUAUCAGUAUCUACAAGAUGAGUUUACCUGUGCUGAUUGCAGCUUUGGUCAGUGGCCGCUGGCUAACUUGACUGGCUGCUAUGAGCUGCCUGAAGAGUACAUUCGUUGGGAAGAUGCCUGGGCGAUCGGGCCCGUUGCCAUCUCCUGCCUUGGCAUCAUGUGUACUCUCACGGUAGUGGGCCUGUUUCUGAAGCAUAAUGAAACACCUGUGGUCAAAGCAAGUGGGCGAGAGCUCACCUACAUCCUCUUGCUGGGAGUGCUGAUGUGCUACAGCAUAACCUUCAUCUACAUUGCCAAACCUUCCACGACUGUCUGCACACUGAGACGGCUCGGCCUGGGCACGUCCUUUGCUGUGUGUUACUCAGCCCUGCUCACUAAGACCAAUCGCAUCGCUCGAAUCUUCAGCGGGGUGAAGGAUGGAGCUCAGAGGCCUCGUUUCAUCAGCCCUGCCUCUCAAGUAGCCAUAUGUGGCGCUCUCAUCUCUUGCCAGCUGCUGGUCGCUGUUAUCUGGCUGCUGGUGGAGGUGCCGGGUGUUCGGAAGGAGGUGACCCCAGAUAGGAGGAACGUGGUCACCCUCAAGUGCAACAGCAGAGACACAAGUAUGCUGAUGUCGCUCACAUACAACUGCAUCCUCAUCAUCCUGUGCACCGUUUAUGCUUUCAAGACCAGAAAGUGCCCUGAAAACUUCAACGAGGCCAAGUUCAUUGGGUUCACCAUGUACACUACCUGUAUCAUCUGGCUUGCCUUCCAGCCCAUCUUCUACGUGACUGCUAGUGAUUACAGGGUGCAGACCACCACUAUGUGCAUCUCUGUUAGUCUGAGCGGUUCUGUGGUUCUCGGCUGCCUGUUUGCCCCCAAAGUCCACAUCAUCCUGUUCCAGCCCCAGAAGAACGUGGCCACACUCCGAGUCACAGCCAACCGCUUCAGCGCCACAGUGUCCACGUUUGUUUCUGCCCCCAGCUCAAGCUGCUCCAAAGGAUCUGCCUCCAACUAUGUACCAGCUGUCUGUAACGGCCGUGAAGUGGUGGACUCCACAACAUCCUCUUUGUAAAAUCAUGGAGCCCUGGUCCACGCAGAGGAGCAUCCUUUCAUCAGCGAGGCUGGACUGGCUUUGACGGACCCUCCAUCCCAUCUCAAUUUGCAGAGAUGACCGCCGGGUUAGACCACGCCCACAGCAGCAGUUCGGUCUCUGGAAGUUAACUUUGGUUUUUCAUGUCAAAAAGUAUGUAUUAAGUGGAAAGCCUGUGUAGAUUUUAAAUGCUGUAAUCUCCUUGGUUUACAGAUAGCCUUGUCCUCCAAGAGUCUUAUUAAAUGAGUGCUUGUGAAGCAAUAGUGCAAAUUACAAAAGGUAUUCUUGUCUCAACAGUGGUGUGAAUAUAUCCAAUGUUUUAGACAUUAAAGUUGUGAUAAAUGUAGCCCUUAAUAAAUGAAACAUCCGAGUAACCUCAGUGAAUGGUGAAGUUAGAAACUAUAAAAGAAUUCUGUUCAUGUCAACUGGUAUUUAAUUGUGUGCUUUCUUGGACUUUGUGUAAAUACAUUUCUUUUUUGUAUUAAAACAAAAACUAAAUUUCAUUCAUACCCAUUUGGAAUUUCUUUCCUCCUAAGAGCGGUCUAGGUGUGAACAUUUAAAAGACAUUGAAUAAGGGAAAUAGAUGCUGCAUUUAUUUACUCCUUUAGUUAGAAAGUUAAACGUACAAAGAAGCCAUGUCUCAAACUGAAACUUAAAGAUUUGAAAUUAAAAAAAAAAAAUUGUGAAAAGGUACAACUUUUAAACCGAACAUACAAAACUGUUCAUUAUUGGGUUGUCUUGGGUUCCUCUGAACUUGGUUUUCUUUUCAGAGGAAUUAUGAAGAUUCCAUUUUUGGCUUCCUUUAGCCUCCACCAUCGGCCCAACCUGCAAAAAUAAACACAACAUAACCGUGGUAAGUGAUGUAUACCUCACACAUGCAUGGAGGUGGGCUAAUGCAAUCACAAAUGCUCAUAAAAGCUUUUCUAACAAUUAUUUGGUUCCAUUAAAUCCAAGUUUUACUUUAAAUUAGCUUUAUUUAAAAAACAAUUGAUUAAUUAAAAUGUACAAAUUAAAUAACACAUUUUAAGUUACAGCAAAAAUAUUUACCAAGACAAAUUAGAUCAUAUAAUCAAGAAAAAUGAAAAAGAAACAUUUUCUCAAGGAAACUUUCAAACUGAGUUACUUUGUUAGGACCAUGCUUAUUUUAAGGGUCUGAUAUAACAAAUGACUUGUAAAUCAUUUUACACUGAUUAUUUUGUAAGUUUUUAUUUUGUUCUCUAAAUGAAAAUAAACUGUUUAAUAAAGAUUUUCCUCAUCA